ACAAAUACUACAAAUCCACACGUACGUAGCAUCUGAGCGAAACACAAACCAGUAGCCAUGGAGCUAAUCACCUACAUUGCCAUAUGUCUCUCGUUCUCCUUUCUCCUCCCUUCCUACGCCACAGCAACUACGCCAGCCGGCAUGAUAGAGCGGGAAACCAAGCAGCAGAUUCUGGCAAGCAUUCCGCCACAUGGGCAGGAGAAUCCCGUGCUGUUCCUGACGUCGCCUUCCGGCAAGUACGCGGCGCACUUCAUACGCAGCCAGACCGUGCCGGGCGCCGGUGGCCUCGGGGCGGACUUCUGCUAUGUGGAAAUUCUCGACGCCUCCGAGCCAGGCGCCGAGGGCCAGAGCGUGUGGGAGUCAGAGUGCUUGGCUGUGAGCACCAUCAACACCUGCGCACUCGUGUUCUCGUGGAAUGGUUUGGAGGUGUUUGACGGGAGCAACUCAGUGUGGCACACACACGACACAGAGUCGGUUGACAACAACUUCCUCAGAACCCUGCAGCUUGUGGACGAGGGUGACAUGCGCAUCCUCGACAAGGGCGGCGAGCUGGCUUGGAAGGCCAGCGACGAGCCACGAGCAGCGCAGCACUGCGGGAUGCCCGGCUCGCCUGGCCUGGUCUCAGCAACGGCGCCCUUCGCCCAGCCGAUCGGUCAGGGGAGUGGAAACCUGCCAUUUGGACAGGAUGAAGGAGGCAAUGGAAAUGGCAACGCCGGCGCAGCACAGCCCGAGCUGCCGCUAGCACCGCUGCCACAGGCGGCAGCAUACGGUGGUGUCGCUGGGCAGGGGCAGGGCGUGGAGGAGGUUGGGCAGACGAUUGGAUUUGGUAGCCAACCGUUGGUGGACAACAGCCCGUACGACAGUGGUGAACUGAAGCAUGGAUGCAGCUUGCUUGGAACUGGAGUUGCCUUGGGUCUCGGUGUUGCCAUUGCCAUGGCCCUCGGUUUCUGAUUUUAGUACGUGUGCUCUUCCCGCCUGACGGCUUUGAUGGUUUCUUGAAAUUGUUCUUAUUAUUUCUGGCGCAAUAAGCCAGCAGGGAUGUAUUGUGAACUCGUGAUAAGGGUCGUGCCAUUUCUAGGUGUGGGCAUGCUACUAGGAAUCUAGGAUUAACGUAUUGUACCUUAAUAUGUAAUGUGUAAUAUUUUGUGAUCGUUGAAGAUAAUGUUUUGUAAG